UCUGGCACCUCAAUGACGAUGCAGCGCGCCGGUCGACGUUGCCACUUAUGCUGCACCGAAUCGGGACGACCGCGUCCGCCUGUGUUGGCGCGGCAGCGGUUCAGAACAGAGCACACGGCGUGCCGUCAAAGAGCUCCAUGACGAAGCAUUGAAGGGUGGUGCUGAAAAUAACCACCGCCGUCAGCCUGCCAGAGAUGCCCACCCCAUGCUCAAGAAUCAAGUGUACGCUCCGGUUUUGGCUGAUCAGAAACAACAAGUUUGGACUCGAGCCUCGUGGUCUGUUCAAAAGCCGUCUAACCACUCUCUAAGGACGAAAUUAGGACAGCACUCGACAGACUGGCCCAGCUUGCUUGUCUCGCACGGAGAACAUAGUCGACAGAGGGAAGUUGAGUUAUUAGUUGCUCGAAUUAAUAUACUGGUAUCAUACUGUGGGCUGGAAAUGGACGACAACGCCAGCAACGACGUCGCAGAUCCCAUCAACAGGAAUCACCCGGGAACCGAUGGGACAAUGCUCAAAUGCCCGUUCAAGGAUUGUGAGAAUGAAUUUUCGAGGGAACAGGACCUUUUGCGGCAUUAUGCCAUACAUUACUGUAUUAACAAGACCUGCUGCAACAUUACCUUCAAACAAGCGAAAAAGUACAUGAAUCACAACUACCAGGACCAGAGCAACCGAAUCAGCUAUAAGAAACAGUGUGCACAAAUACGCGAUGUUAUGAGAGAAGAGCUGGGGCUAUAGCGCCAACAGAAACGAGCUAGUGGUGUGAUCUACCCAGGUAGAUUAAAGAGACAAGCAAGUUCUAGCAGUCACAUACGGGAAGCUGUAACCCAACUGGAAACAGCCUCAAACGCGCUUGAGCAACCUACACCAGCAGUGCCGCUCUCCACAGCAGCCGAUUGCGACCAAUUUAAUACCUUCUGCCGAGCCCUCCGUAUCGAGAUUCUCCUGAAGGGCCCUUCCGAGAUGUC